AUGCAUGAAAAUUCCAAUUCUUUGCGUUUUGGAAAGAAUGGAGCUAGUAAGAGCUUCCGGCGUUUUGCUUCGCCUUUCAGUAGCAAAAGAAGAGUACAAUUGACCAAACAGAAGCAAUCCAAUGCAACUCACCAACUGACUGCCUAUAGACGGAAAGACCAAGAUGACUUUAAGAGAAGACUGCUAUCUCAUGAUACCAAUGCUACCGUCUCAAUGGUUGAGUCGCUCAUAGAAAAAGGUAAGAAAUUAUUAAAAUCAGUGUCAAAAGAAGAGACAUUGUUACGGAAUGAGUUAGAAUCCGAAUUGCGUAAUGAACAACUCAGAUUACAAUAUGUUAAUGAAAUAAUGGAAGACAACAUGAAACCCAUGGAUCAAACCGACUCCAAGGGUGUUCGCGUAUCUGAUGGUAUACAGAUGAAAGAUGAAGCAGACUCCUGUCUAGAAUCUGAGGAUUCUAUCGUUAUUUUGAGCGACAAUGAGGGAUCUGAGAAUAUUCACACAAUGAAUAAGAAUGCUUCGGUGUCUAUACUUCAGGGACAAACUUCAGAAUAUUCAGAAGGAGAUUCAAUCAACUUAUCUGAAAGACGUGACUCUUCUCAUUCUGAAAGUAUAAUAGAGCAAGCGGAACCUAGUGACGACGAGGAUGAUGAUCUCUUCAAUGAAUAUAGCGACAAUGAUUUAUCUGAAAAUAUUGCAUCAACACCAAGGUUGAAACAAACGUUCAUGCAAGCCUAUGCUCAGAAACCUGGUAAUAAGACAACUGAUUCAGUUACUCCUCGUGACACUUCUAUGGCUGGUGUUGAACUUGAAGAUAAUGACUUUCUCUCCGAUAACAAUUCUGAAGACAACAUAGAACAUGAAGAAGACGUGAUGCUUUCAGAUUAUCAGUCCUCUGAUAUCAGAGAAUCCAAGCCUUCCGGAAUUUUCUCACAUCAAACUCUCAAUGAUAAGGAUAACCUUGAGGAAUCCGAAGGUUCCCCAGAAUAUUAUAGCACUGAUGACGAAAAGCUUACCAAUGAUGCUCUUGCGUCAAACUACGAUGAAAGUAAAACCAAUGGGAAAUCCGAAGAGGAACUGCCUUCUGAUCAAGAAUCUGAUCUGAUGCAGGAUCAAUCAUCCGAAAUAGAAGAUUUUGAUGAUGGUGAAAUAUCUCAACAAAUAUCGAGCUUGUCAGACGAAUUUAGUAUAGCUAAUCAGGCGAUCGCACAACUUAACUCCCAUGCGACAGACAGUGAUCAAUCUGUUGAUGAUGUUUCUGACAAAGACAUAUAUUCUGAGGAGUCAUACAAUAAGGAUGAAGCUGAAGAAGCAUAUGAAGACGAAACAGAAAAGGUCAUCAAUAAAGAAUAUCAGACAAGCUCAGAAGCUCCUGAAAUCAUAACAGAUGAGGAAGAUAUUACCCAAUUAUCAGCAACUAACACACAUGAAUUGAGAUCCGAUGGUAUCGGUGAACUGGGGGAGUAUAGCUAUCAAUUGGAUACGAAUAAUAAUGGUUACGGUUUAAUUACGGACAACGAUCAUUCUUUGAUUUUGAAAACAUUACAUGAGAGGUCCGUUCCCAAAAAUGUAGAAUAUUCCGAAAACAAUGUAAAUACUACUGGUUCUGGAAAUUCUGAGGAACUGUCCGAAACUUCAGUACAAGAUAUUGACUUUGCUUCAAAUGCCAUAGAUUUACCUCAAACAACGCUUUCUAAGACGGAAAAGGAAGUUUUCGCUGAGCCUAAAGAACCAUGCAUGGUAACAAAAGAAGCAACUAGUGUUGAACGACAAGAACGAAAUGUUGGUCAAUCUGAACCGAGAUAUUGUUUGACUUUUUCUGAUUCGUUCUCAGAAGAUGAUAACCCUCAAAAUAAUGCCAAUGCGCACCAAACAGAAGAGAAUUCUGAAUAUCAGUCAGUAUUUGCUUCAGACCCUUUCCACUUAGAUUACAAUGAAGACACUGAUAAAACAGAUUUUCUUCAUGAUUUAUUAUUAAAUACUUUGGAUGAUCCUGCAUCCGACGUAACACAAAACCCAACGUGUUCCCAGCAAGUUGAACACCCCUUUGAUCAUGAACUAAACGCCGAAAAUAUGAAAGGGACAGUUGAGGAAGCAUCAGAAGAUUUUCAAACCUACAAUGUGAGUUCUGAAAGUCCUUCAGAUGACAUUUUUCAUGAUGCCCUUGACAUUAAGCAUAGCUUUCCUAUUUCUAGUGAUUUCUUCGCGUCUAAGAAUGUCCAAGUCUCUCCGGAAAAGAAAGCUGGACAUAGUAGUAUGACUAUCGAUCAUUCAAUAAAUGAAAAUAAACCAAAUAUUCCGUUGUUCAUCGAUAAGGAAACGAUUCGCUUAACUACUAGUCCCGUACGAGUUAACCAAUCUGAGAAAGUUUCAGGCGAUGCUUCUAUCAAAAAUAGUAGAAGAAGAAAACUGGAAAACAAUUUGAACUCCACACUCUUCCAAAAGCCUUCUCAGCAUCAUAACAUUCCGUUAUUCAACCUGAACUCUAGUCAGACAACAACUAAUAACCUGCCGAACAAUUCAGACGGUACCGACUCUCACGAGAAAGCUGGAUCAACGUCUCACGUAACUUAUCCUAAACCAUUGGAGCCCUCAAAGGCAAUUUCAGAUCAUGAUUUGUCAAAUUCUAGCCGUGAACAUGAGUCGGAACUACUGGCAUCCGAAGCGCUUCCUGAUGAUAAACCUGUAAUAAGAAUUCCACUCCUUGUUCACCGCACGGAGGUACAUGAAGCUGCAUCUCCCUUCGAAGAUACUGCACAAGCCAAGAGAUCUACUGAAUUGAGUGAGUACGUAGAAUCCUUAAUGGAGGAUCCGACGCAAGAGGAAUUAGCCGAGCCUAUUGUAAUGGAACCAGCUGACAUGCGGGUACGCGUUCGCACCACAAGUUACAUCGAAAUAGAAGAAAUAAUAACCGAAGAUAUUAAUAAUAGUGAAAUUGAAAAGAUUACUACUGAACCUGAAGUUUCGUUCAGAGAAUCGCCUGAACCAGUGCAUCGAACUGUGGAGCUGGAAGAGUUAGCAGUUGAGCAAAAAAUUAACGCUGAAACUCAAAAAAUCCUCCACUUUACUGAUGAAGAAAGCCUUGAUCUGCAAGCAGAUGAGUUAUCCAUUGAAGUUAAUGAAAAUGAAUCGAAAAAUGAACUGCAACAAUCAAACAUUCAGCUAUCAAUUUCCAAUACAGACAUUACGUUAAAUAUUCCUCACAAUUCUGCUACUGCGUCAGAUCAGAUACCAUACCACCCAUCUGUGACUUCAGUGCCUGAUAUAUCUGAAACUGGGCAAAUGGGGUAUCCGAAUAACGAAAAUGACCUUUUGAACUCUGGGUACCAAGGAAGCCCUUCUGUAAUAUCUUCGUCAUCGAAGGAAAAUGCAUACGAACUUCAUGCAGAUUUUAAUUCGGAUGAGCCUUCCCUCGCUGUCAGCGGUGAUGUAGUUGUAGCAACAAACCAUGAUCUCUCUGAUGGGAAAGUAAACAAACCUUCAUCAAGCUUGUUAUACCAAAGUGAAAUUUCAUCCACUCAAGAUUCACUGAAAUCACCUUCGCCAGAACCAACACUAGGUAAAAGGAUAUUAGCUUCACCUUUGAAAAUGCUUAAUAAAUUGGCAGAAGGCGUGAGGUCUAUUGGAGAUGCAGCGACAGAAUUUGCAAGUUUAGUGGAUCCGAUUUUAACAGAAUCAGAUUCGGACUCAGCUAAUUCGAAUCAUUCUGAGAAUAACAGCGCGCCUUCUGAACCUGAACACAAUCAGGACCAUGAAGAAAACAAAUCUGAAAAUCACUCUGGGGAAGAGUCUUAUGUUUCGGAGGAAGUUCACUCAGUUAAAGAAUCAAAUGAAUUGCAUGAUGCCGAAGCACUACAAACACUAGAAAUGAUUAAUAAAACAACGGACAAAAUUAAACAUUAUGGAGGCAUGGAUCUACCCAAGGACACUCCGGAUGAAGACGUUGAUACAACUCCGACCUCAGUUAUCAUCGAUGAUACCACUGAACUUCACUUGGCUCCAAGCGACGCAAAUCCUAUUACGUCUCCUGGUCAAAAACUAGAAACAUCUACCCGAGCAGGCUCGAUUCCAAUUGAAAUCGAAAAUGAAGAGUCAGACGCAGCUGAUAUUCCAGUCACUAUUGAAAAAGCAGAAACACCUCAGCAGAGAACACCGGUGAAAAAAAGACCACGCGCCACAGAGAACAGCAGUCCAAAACCUUCAAAGCGUAAAAGAAGCAAGAAAAGAAAACAAGCUCGCAAAAUCACUUCAGUUGCUCGAAACUUGAGAUCUAAAUCGAAAAAGCGAUGA